AUGUCUGAGGGCUACACGGCGGCCACUGGGGGUGAAGGAGCCCUCUCUGAACUCCUCGUCGCGGAGGAUAAAAUUCAAAACGCACUCGUUCCCGAUGAUGUUGUGAUUCGUGAUUAUCUCAACUGCAUAAAUGAUGACACGUGGGUGCGGCACGCCGAGUUGGUGCGGCUCUCGGAUCUCAAAGAAACACCACACGAGGAGGCCGUGAAGGAGGAGGUGCUCCGUUCAUACAUUGAGGAGCGGCGAAGGAGUAAUGCAGAGUUACCACGGGAUUUAAUCAUGGAGGGAAUUCUCUGGCAGGAGAAGUUCAUGGAUGAGUACAAAAAGGAACAUCGCUCACAAGAUAAGGAAGAGGCCUCAAACUAUAAAAAAGCAUUGAUGGAGCGUUUUCGCAACAAGAGGUCUGAUCGUCAGAUUACAGGCGGUGCGGCAUCUGAUGUUAAGGCAAUUGAGUAUGGGGGAAAAAAGGCCGAUAGUACCAUGUUCUCAAUGAAUGCAGCAGGUACAAAUAACAAAGGAGCAUUUGAUCAACCCCCAUCUAUGUAUACUCCAACGGUAAGACAAGAGCAACCGGAAUCUGAUGGUCCAACAACAACAAAUACUACUACUACUACCACCAAAACUGCAACUACGACUAAAAAUGAAACUCCGAACAGUGCUGUUCUUGCUCCAGAAGCUACUGAAGCAAAUGCCACUAAUGGGUAUCCCGUUGAAGAACAAACUGCUCCUUCAGCAGAAGCCGUACAACAGGCAGAUGAUGCUGUUGCUACUGAACCAAAUACUGGUGAGUAUCCUACUGAUGGAGAAGCUGCUCCAGUAGCAGAAGCCGCAGAAGAACAACAACCAGAAGCUACUGAACCGAAUGCCACCAAUGAGUACCCCGUUGAAGAACAAACUGCUCCUUCAGCAGAUGUUGUACAACAGGCAGAUGAUGCUGUUGCUACUGAACCAAAUACUGGUGAGUAUCCUGCUGACGGAGAAGCUGCUCCAGUAGCAGAAGCCGCAGAAGAACAACAACCUGAAGCUACUGAACCGAAUGCCACUAAUGAGUACCCCGUUGAGGAGCAAGCUGCUCCUGCAGAAGAAGCCGUACCAGAGACUGUUGAUGGUGCUGUAGAAGCACCUGAAAUAACAAAGGAGUCUCCAAAUGAAAAUAAUACUUCAGCUGUGGAACCCGCUGCCGAAACAGAUGGAGUUAAUCUCGGGGCUGAAAUUUAA